CGCCUAGGGAAGGACGUACUCAGCGCCGGUUAGCGUCGGUUCACGUGACAGUUACGUAAAUAAAUUCAUAACUCUUCGCGCUAUGAUUCGCACUUCUUUGUAAAUCAUUUUUUUAACCUAGUAUUUCCAAUAUGCGUUUUAGAUAAUGAGUAUAGCUUGAAAUUUAGACUAUUAGAACUUAUAUUUGUAGUGAACUAUUUUUAUAAACUAAUCUGAGUGCCUGUAUAGAGUUGAACUAGGUAAAUAGUGAGUUUUGUGCAAAGAUGAAGGUCAUUUUGCUGGUUCUUGUUUGGGUCGUAACGAACUUGGGGGAUGCGGUGAAAAUAAACAAAUUGCGGGUGCCCGACAUAAUCAAGCACGGAUCGCAGGCCAUCCUAGACUGCGAUUUCACGUUGGACGACAGCGAGACAGACCUGGUGGUCAAAUGGUACUUCAACAAAUCUCUGGUUUACCAGUGGAUACCCGGAACGAAAAAUCGGCCUCAAAGUUUAGGAGUUUUGAAAGACCGAGUCAAUUUAGAAUACCAAGCUAGCCCAGACGCGAACAGCAAACAUAGAGCUAUACACAUCGUUAGGACAGGACCGGAUUUAUCUGGAGACUACACGUGUUCAGUUUCUACGAUGGAGAGUGAAGACAGACAGACAAAAGGAAUGCUAGUAUUAGUUUCCGAGAAAUACUUCGAGCUGAAACGCUUGAAAGCCGACGAGGGCUUCAUCAGAGUUCAGUGCCGCGCAGACGGCAUCUACCCCGCGCCCCUCAUCAGCCUCCACUCCCAACAGAGAGAGAUUCCCGAAGCAGCCGUCGAAUCCCGAAAACUAAACCACCUCUACGAGAUCUCGGCUCAGGUUACCAUGCCCGAAUUAGAGAGGCCGGAAGAGUUCUCCUGCAAGCUUCAUAUUCCGCAGGCGAAUUACACGACGCGCAGAGAAACAGUCUUUUAUCCAGGUUUGGCUAGUGCAACUUCAAACAACUACUGGUUAACAAUAUCCAUGUCACUAGUCAGUUGUAUUAUGGGCCUACAUUAUCUCGGUGUACAUUAAUUUUAGAAAAAAUGAAGAGAAAUAAAUGAAGAAGAUUACCCCAGAAGAUCGGCCGGCAAUCUUCCACAUUUCUUAGGGUAGAUUUAUCUAAAAAAAUUAAAAAAAACUAUAAAUAAAUUAUCCAAAUCCAUUAAAUGUUUUACCGUCAUAAAAAUAAUCCGUGUUUAAUGUAAUAUUGUUACUGGUAAAUGACGACGUGCAGAGGUUUAAAUAUGGGUCCAUUUGUUUCAAUGUUUGUUCUUUAUAUUUUAUUUAUCAAUGAAGUUAGAAGAAAAAAUACGUGUUUCUACAGUGUCACACAGUCAUAUAA